GCCAGGGGCAAAUGGUAGGGAAGAGGAUGAUUUAGGUGAUCCGGUCACAGGCCCAAAACAAGUUAAGCUACCCCAAUAUCCCCUUGACUGUUUUGGAUUGCAAAAUUAAAGAAACACACUAAACAAGACACAGAGACAGCAACAGAAAAGUAGAUGGUGCAGAGAGACACCAGAAGAACAGAACAGGCCAUAAACAGAAGAGGAUAGACAAAGGAGAUAGUAACAGACAAGACACAUAGAAAGUAACAGAAGAGAGCAGGUGGAUUGAGCACACAGUAGACUGUAUCACUUCAAGCUGCUCUAUAGAAUCUAAUUUGUUUGAUUUAUUUUCACAAAUUAUAAGAAAUGAAAUACAGACAGUGAAAAAAUAAAACAUUGCUUACAAAGAAUGUACAGGAAGGAGGAGGCUUGAAGGGAACACAGAAGAAGCUUGUGACAGCUGAGGUCAGAUGACGGGAAUGCCCAAACAAUGGACAUAAUGGAUGAAAAGAAAAUGGUGACAUUGAGUGUGGAGGAUGGCCCGUGGACAGGAUGUGCGGUUCUCUUCCUGCGCUCCUGUCCCGCAGUGAACCUGCUCUCUCUCUACAAAGACCAGCAGGGCAAGUUCAGCGUCUUCAAAGUCCUCAAGCUGACACUCACAGACUCAGCUGGGGGGCUGGAGGGGUACGAGAUCCUGAAGCUGCACGAUGCAGAUCCUCUGCUGGGUGUGGAGGUGAAGUUUGUGGAUGUGGCGGCGUGCCGCAGGUUCCUGCAGAGCUAUGGCUCCGGUGCCGUACAACAGUCCCUCUCCCAGCACGCCUGCCGCCUCCUCCACGGCACACAGGAGCUUGCCUUGGAAACCCAGCUCAAAGCCGGGACGCACACUUUGGACUUUUGUCUGGACGACCUUGAGCUCUGUCUGCAGCACAUCCACCAGUCACAGCCGGGGCGCCUAAGGGAUGAUGAGAUUGCUGAGCUGGACCAGCAGCUGCAGAGCCAGGCCUUGGGUCACAUCCCCCAGCCACCCACCCUCUCACAGGAAGAGCCCCCCGUGCCCAGCAACUGUUUCCUGUUCCAGAAGAGGGUGUUUGAGGACCGCAUACUGGCGGCAGGAGACCUGCAGCGGUUCUCCAACGGCGUUGGGCGGGACUGGAGGAAAGUGGGGCGGGCCUUGGGCAAGAACUGCCGUGCGCUGAAAGGGCCGGCCAUAGACAACCUGGCCUACGAGUAUGAGAGGGAGGGGCUGUACGAGCAGGCCUAUCAGCUGCUGAACCGCUUCAUCCAGGCGGAGGGGAGGGCGGCACGGCUGGGCCGGCUGGUCAGAGCACUGGAAGACAGCAAGCUCACCAGCCUGGCUGAGAACAUUUUGGACAUCCAGCCCCGGGAGUGACGCUGUCUGUCACACUGUCUGGGGGUGUCUGUUGGUCUGUAUGUGUGUAUGUGUGUGUGUGUCUUUGUGAAAGAGUGGUAACGUGUGGGUGGCAUUGCUUGUGUGAGCUUGUGUGCUACCACGUGUCUGUUCUGUGUGAGUUUUGUGUCUGUGAGCUUGAUUGUAUGUUUUUUUUAUUUGGAGUAAAAUUGUAUUAUGUUACAAAACCAAUAGUUCUCAUAAUUGCUAUGUCACAUCAUUGUUGUCUCUGGUUGGAGAGCAAACUGAAAUCACUGCGGGCCUUUUCUUCUUCCGCUUUAAACCCAACCCCCUUUCUCCACCACAGACUGGACCAUUGAUGUAUUUGAUCAUUCUACCAAUAACCAUUAGUUAUUUCAAAAACUAGAUUGUUAUUGAACAAUUUGCAAUGUGAUUGGGGAAUAUUUGUUCCGAAAUCCAAAUAAAGUGUUGGAUUUAUAAAAACGAAUUGCACAUUG